CUCCAUUUGGACUUGUUCCAUGGCGGCUGUCGAGGGGGAAUCCCAUCUGGACGAUGGCUGGGGCGCGGAGAACCACGACGGGUCAAUGGUUGAAAUCACAUCAUCCGAAGACGAGUUACUAUCACCUACACCGGAAGAGGCGGAAGAAGCCGCUACUUGGCUAAUCGACGUCGGAUUGGGCGACAUUGUCGACAACCUGAUGGAAAACAAUCAAUUAGUGACGGAAACCAGUCUAGCAAAUGCCGUAAUAGAAGACAAUCUGACGAGUAAUCAAUACCAAACGAUCCGGCGACGAGUGGAGACUCUUCGCGUCACAUUAAAGAGCCGUAAAACUCGAACUGGAGCUGGCCAACAGAGGCCCGACUGCCGCGACAUUUUCCGUGAUCCAGAGGCUAGCCAUAGCGGCGGAUCGAGUGGCCGCUCGCGAUCAGCCACCCCUGACUCGUUGGACACGGACUCGUUGAAAACAUCAACCGAGAAUUUGAUAGGAGAGGGACUAACAAUCAGUCCGGCAGUCUCGCCAAAAACUUGGUCGCGCUCCGGUAGCCAAGACGAUGGCGAGCAUUUAUCCAAUCGAUUUCAAAGCAGCUGCCUGAAUGACGAUGAUGCGGCAACUAUUUCGAGCAACAAAAUCUUUCACCUGGAUUCGUUCCUUCCGACUCCUACUCAUAGAUCAGAGGCGAGAAGACGUAGUUUUAAUCAAAUUGAUGGCAUAAAACAGUCAUUUAAACCGUCUCGGCCGGGAUUUUUCAGCCCAGCAACCGAAGGUCACGUAGCUGCAGUUGAUAAGCAGGGGAUCGAGAUUGUCAAGUUCAAACUGGUUGGUACACUCUCGUCGGCUUCGCUCUACAGUCAAAGGAGAAACAGCGAUCAAUUCGAGGAUGUUUCAGAGCUACUUCCGGUUACGCAACAGCCGAGAAUUUCCCUAGAAGACGGGCUGAACCAUACACAAAAGAGAAAAUUACGUCAAUUGGCUCUCCUGGAACUGACCGCCUUAAUGGAUAAGUAUGGACUGACCAUAAGGAAACGAAGCAGGCUCAGAGUCCGUAGUUUCGCACAGGCAAGCAGAGAGAGGAAUGUUUUUGGAGUACCUUUGAAAAAACUAGUGGAAAAAGAUCAAGCAAGAAUACCAAUUAUCUUUACAAUGUUAAUAGAGCAGCUGAGAAAUAGACGACUGGAUGAAGAAGGACUGCUACGAGUACCUGGCAAUAAACAAAAGAUGCUAGCUAUGCAAAAGCUGAUGGAAAACCAAUGGAAGAAUAAUGUUGAUGCUAGAGGGAUACAAACCGUGAAAAAUGUGUUGGACAGCUCUGGCCCUCAUGAGGUUGCCUGCCUCUUGAAAACAUUCUUGAGGCAGCUACCUGAAUCGCUUUUCACACAAGACUGUUUAGACUUGUUUGCUCAAGUUGGGGACAUGACCAUCUUCGACGACCAGAUAUGGGCACUUAACCUUUUGAUUAUCCAGCUUCCCGACGUCAAUUACCAGACACUUCGAUUGUUGCUCAGAUUUCUCAAGGACGUCGUGGAUCACCAGGCUCAUAACAGGAUGACAGUCAACAACGUGGCCACGGUGAUGGGACCAAACCUUUUCCCACCCAGAAUAAGUAAAGCAAGUACCAAAUCCAACAUGGAAUCAUUAACAGACGGGAUGGCCUACGCCGCGAAAACUAACCGCAUAACUGAGAUGCUCGUCACCCACCAAGACGAACUUUUCUCUACCCCGGAAAUAUUACUGCAAUUAUCUCGUAUCAAAGUCAAAUAGUUAAACAUUUUCUAGUACGUAAACGUUUAUGAAAAUCCGUGCAAUAUGUGUAAAGCCUGCUUAAGUUGUUUAUAGUUGACAUUUGAUGAUGCAAAACAGUAUGCAUGUCGGUUACUACACUGAGAUUUGUAAAUACAUAAAAAUAAUUUGCCGUUUCCCUGGAAAAA